GCGACACGUCAACACGCAGCUCUCAGCUCGUAACGCACUGCAACUCGGAGAAUAGUGACAAUACAACUUUCUACACAGACUGAGGAUUAUUCUCAGGCAGCUUUCAGAAAAGUGUAGCUGACAUUGUUGUUUUUUUUUUUUGUGUAUAAUUUGAUUCAAACGAAGGCUGCAGGAACACAGAGUCAGCAGAGUAUUUGGCAUGUGCCAAAAUAUUUGGGUCUGAUUGAAUUCAGUAAACAUUAUUUUGUUUUCACACUAAAGAGUGCAGCUUUUAGGCUCUCGUGUAGGUGUCAGGAUGAAUGAAGAAGAGCUGGUGGAGUAUUUCAGGGCUCAGAUGAGGACAGACCCGGACAUGGCCUCCGCUGUGGCGGCUAUCCGCACUCUGCUGGAGUUCCUCAAGAGAGACAAAGGUGAGACCAUCCAGGGCCUGAGGGAGAGCCUGACGUCGGCCACAGACUGCCUGACCGGAGUGGACUCGUCUGUGGCCGUGUCCUCUGGAGGAGAGCUCUUCCUGCGCUUCAUAAGUCUCACAUCGCUGGAGCACGAGGAUCUGUCUCGCUGUAAGAAGGUGAUGGAGGAGAGAGGAGAACUUUUUCUAGAGAAGAUCUCGAUGUCCAGGAACAAAGUGGCUAAACUCUGUCACACCUUCAUCAAAGACGGAGCUAAAAUCCUCACUCACUCGUACUCCAGAGUCGUCCUCCGGGUGCUUGAAAAAGCUGCAGCCGAGAAGAAACGCUUCUCUGUGUACGUGACGGAGUCACAGCCCGACUCAGCCGGGCGAGAGAUGGCGGACGCCCUGAGAAAGCUCAACGUCCCGGUAACAGUGGUCCUGGAUGCAGCUGUCGGGUAUGUCUUGGAGAAAGUAGACCUAGUUAUUGUUGGAGCGGAGGGAGUCGUUGAGAGCGGAGGGAUCAUCAACAAGAUCGGCACGUAUCAGACGGCCGUGUGCUCCAAAGCUCACAACAAGCCCUUCUACGUCGUAGCAGAGAGCUUCAAAUUCGUCCGCAUCUACCCGCUCAACCAACAGGACGUGCCCGAUAGAUUUAAGGUAAGAAACGACAGAGGAUGCCUUUGUUUUGUUCUAUUUUCUUUACUAACGUUCUGCUGGCCUCCGCAGUACAAAGCGGACACGCUGAAGACCGUGAAGAACCUGUCGGAGGAGCAUCCCAUGAUCGACUACACGCCUCCGUCCCUCAUCACACUCCUCUUCACCGACCUGGGAGUCCUCACCCCGUCUGCCAUCAGCGACGAGCUCAUCAAGCUUUAUUUAUAAUUCAAUAAAAAAAAUCCAUUUUAUCACAAGGUAAACAAAUGUCUCAGCGUUUAAUUGAAUGCAACACAGCUGCUCACAGCUCCCCGUCCCCCGACGCUCCUCCUGCGCUGUGUUUGGAGUUUAUUCCGCUCGUUAUCUGCUUCUCAAAGUCCUCCUCUGUGAUUUGUCCUUUCUUCAGCCUCUUGAGGAUGCGAGUGUCUUUUAAAAGCUCCUUCGCGUCUUCGUCCUCCACGUCAGAGCCCUGCAGACACGGAACAAAUACAAUGAGGAGUCGUGAAUAAAUCCAAACAUCUGAUGUCUCAUCAGCAGAUUUAAAAAUGAAAGAAAUACCUCCUCGAGCUUCCUCUUGGCGGAUCUCUUCUUCCUGCGUUCGCUCUUGGUCUUCUGUUUGGACCAAGGUUUAUUCUUGAUGUAGUUCCUUUUAGGCAAGGGCGUCACCACUUUCUCCUUCAGCUCGGCGAGCAUCUUCUGCCUCUGAUUCUCCCGGUUCUUGUCCUUGUAGCGGAUGGUGUCCGUGUCCAGCGUCGUCCUGGUGAAACCGGGAAUCUUCUUCCCCUUCAGCUCGGGCAUCUUGGGCAUGCGGAGGAGGGCGAAGCCGCGGGCCAAGGUGGCGAAGUUCAGAUCUAGACGGAGGAAAAGGUGCAGCGGCUGAAAGGUUAACAUCUGUGCUUCGUGAAGAACUGCAGAGAAGAUGUGAAGUGGCUGUUUUUUGUUCACCUUUGAGCCUGAAGAUGAGGCUGCACUCGUGUUUGGCGUAGGCCUGGACGAACGACACGAAGGCUCUCAUGCCGCGGUCGUACAUGGCUCGGUCCGCCAGAGACAUGGCCUUCACUUUAGGCAGCAUGUCCAUAACCUCACCUGUGAGGACCAUCUUCUGGAGGGGACACUGAGGACACGACAAGAGACCAAUUCAUCGUUCUGUGGUAAUACAACAUCAGCAGUAUAUGGACCCAACCAGGAGUAGACUUGAUGGGUUUAGAGAAGUUUUUGCAAACUCACUUUCUGGUUGAUGGACAGAAAGUUGACGUAGGAUUCCUCCAUCGGCAGCAGGAAGACGAGGGCGUUGCCAUGAUUGCCGAUACGAGCUGUACGUCCACAUCGAUGCACAAACGCACUGAGACAAAAUAAGGAUAAAUAAAAACCACAAUAAAUAUUUAUUUCUAGGCAUUUGUUACAUUAUGUGUUAAGUUAGGAAAGCAAUGUUGUCUUACACAUAAAAAGAGAUCCCAGUCA